AUGCUCAAAGCCUUGAAACCCCUCGUCGUGCCUCACGUCGUCGUACUCCUCGUUGGCCUCGUCUUUCUGAUCACUGCGGUCACUACGCACGAGGCGAAAGAAGCGGGAGAGAUCCACUACCUAGGCGAGUGCUAUUGCUGGACCAAGGAGCUGAAAUGCAGCGGAGAGCAGACUCGCACCCUCUACGGUAGUACGCUGCCUGGGGCCAAUGAGAUCGGAUACUGCGAGAGUGUCGCGCCUGGGCACCCAGUGACCAAAGCCUGCGUCAAACCGGAUUGCUCCGCCGACUGCGACACGAUGAAAGUUCAGGCGCAUGCCUGUAUUGACAAUACAAGGGCUUAUCGUUGCCUUAUUUUCGAGGACGAUGGGCCUCCGGCUAAGCGACUCGACGGCAAAGACUCCGCUAUUGAUGACGAGGGGUAA